CCAACAAUGACUCCAGCACCGAAAAACCCAAAACAAACAAUCAACAAACAUCCCUCAAAGCCGUAUCGUCAGUUUACCAAGGAACUACCUUCACGUUCAUCAUAAGAACAUCUCGCUCAUAUACCUUCGGCCAUUCGUUCUUGUCGCCACGUUCUUGUUUUCUAUACCGUUUUUCUUCUCUUUCGUUGCAUCCAGCUGUUCUCCCAACAAGUGACUCCUUCCAGUCAAAAUAAGAGUCGUUUCCUGAUAGAAUCAGUAAUGUUGGUGCUAUUUCCUAUUCUCCUCUUUUGCUAGUGGGGCGGCCGCUGGCCAUCGCAACUGUUGUAACGCUAUACCCAAGACUGCUUACGCGAGAACACCAGAAUUGUAACGUUGUUGUGUUGACGUCGUAAUAUAAAAAUUCUCGUAUAAUUUGGUCUUACCAAUUUUGGUCCAUUCGAGCCGGAUACAAAUCAGUCGCUCACGAUGAGCAAUCAAGAAUCGUGGCACUUGGUUGACGAAUGUGUGAUAUCACCGCUUCACAGCAGCCUUGAAGUGACUCCUGAAGAUUCGGUAAGCCAGGUCGAUUCUGGUCAUUCGAAAGCGCUUUCUCGCUCUAGUUCUUCGUCGUCCUCGUCAAAAAGAAGAAGAGACGCUGAAAUAAAGGCCUCCAUCGCAAGCCUUCAAGCAAAACAGCUUGCCGAACGAGUUAAGAGAGACAAUGAAGUACGUGAACAGGAGUUUCAAGAAGAAAUGGCUCAAAGGGAACUAGACUGGAAACUUGAAUGUCGAAAACGAGAGCUCGACCUACUACGAAAGAAAAGAGAAGACGAAAUGGCUGUGAUUUCCGCUCAAAAUCAAGCUGAGGUGGCAAAUCUUAAGCAUGAAAUACUGGGUCAAGAAUUUAACGAAGGAAAGGCCUCUAAUGAUGAAAUCUUCAAGAUACAUUACGAAGGAGUAAGCCGAUAUUAUCAGUCUUCAUCGCGAAAUUUUCAGGGACAACUACAACAGUCUUGGCCUUUUCCAGCUGAGGUUGUCGCGAUGCAGAUAAAAGAUGCGCAUGUCAUAUUGUUUGUCCUGUUGGAUUGGUUCCUCCAGAAGAGUGCUAGUAGACAUCUUCUUGUGGCGUACUGGGGACAGAAUAGCGCAGGAAACAAGUUUCCGAAUAAUCCUGAGAAGGAGCUGAAAGAUGUCUGCGCUAAACGGAAGUACGACGUAAUAGUGAUUGGAUUUGUGGUGACUUUCUUCGGCACAAACAACAAAGAUAAGAUGCCGGAGGUGAAUUUUUCUCGUCAUUGUUGGGAGCCUGCAUCACCACAACACCCAAACCUUUACAGGUGUCCUAACAUCGAAAAAGGUAUUAAAGCUUGUCAGGAGAUGGGAAAGAAAGUUUUGAUAUCGCUUGGAGGAGCAACAGGCCACAAUGACCUGACAGAUGAGCAAGCAAAAGUGCUGGCUAAAAAUCUCUGGGAUCUGUUCCUCGGAGGAAAAGAAAGAUCUGUGAUAAGGCCAUUUGGGAGCGCAAUUCUCGACGGUAUCGACCUGGACAUCGAGGACGCCAUGUCAGGUGGCUAUGCCCAGCUGGUAAAGAGUCUUCGAGAUCUAGAAGACGGCACAAAGAAGUAUCUAAUUACUGGUGCUCCUCAGUGUCCAUAUCCUGAUGCAUCUCUUGGCCCCUCCCCAGGGACUGCCCUGGGUGAUCAGGGAGCCCAGUUUGAUCACGUGUACGUACAGUUCUAUAACAACUUCUGCCACACCGGUGACAAAGCACAAUUCUAUCCAAAUGUGGACAAGUGGCUGCAGUAUGCAUCCUCUGCUACUACCCGAGCAAUUGUUCUGAAAAAAAGAGCGGAGGUGUUCGGGCCCAAAAUAUUCGUGGGGAUACCGUCUGCAACAGGAGGUGCAGGAGAUCCCAAGUUUUACCGAACCCCCCAGGAAGUGGCAGCGAUCUAUGAGGAACUGAAGGACAAGCCAAACUUUGGAGGAUUUAUGUUAUGGGAUGCUUCUUGGGAUCAACAAAAUGUCAUUGAAGGAAAAGUCUAUAGUGACCACAUUGCGGACAUUAUCAGCAAGAACGGGAACUCGGGGAAUCCGACAGGGGUCCCAACUACCGUUACACCCGGCUACACCCCAACAUCGGGUGUACCGACAGGGGUCCCAACUACCGUUACACCCGGCUACACCCCAACAUCGGGUGGAUCUAUUACCCCUGGGGUAACUUCACCUUCAACAACUUCUGGGGGAACUUCAACUCCGACAAUAGGGAGUUCCACACCUUCUACCCCACCCUUGGGUCCUACGUCUCCACCAUCCCCAGGGGGAGGUGCUGGUGUUGAGUUUUGCAAAGGAAAAGAUGAUGGCGACUACGGAGACCCGGAUAAUCCCUCGGGAUACAUCUCCUGUUCCGGGGGAGUGACCUACAAGAGAAAGUGUCCCUCAGGGCUCGUCUGGAAUGAAAAGGGAAAGUACUGUGAUUGGCCAAAGAACCUUAAAUCAGACACAACGGCGGACCACCGUCCAUCAUAUCUCAAAACUCUGAGGCACUCAUCACAUGUGAUUCAAGUCUUGAGGAAGCGAACGAAUGAAGGAACAAUCGGACACGGAAGGAAGUUGAACGGAUAAAGAACACAAGAAAUACAGAGUGAAUCAAUCCUGGGAAGAACUGAUAAUUAAGUAAUGAGCAAAAAACAUUUGAGCAGAAACAAAGUAUCUUCUACUGACGUAGAUGAUGUGUUUAUUCAAUUCAAUUCAAUAUGAAUAGAUGCAAAGUUAAAAAUCACUUAAAAAAAAGGGCACCUUAUGGGUCCCUUUGACAAUCAACGCUUCUCUUCCUAAUUGGCUCGCGAGAUCAAACCUCUUUUACCUGUUUGCAGUGACAAAUAUUGCAAUGACAUCAUAUUAUCAGUUAAUUAGUCAGUUCUCUUGCUCCUUGACAGUGUUUUGGUGGAUCUAUUUGUCAUAGAUAAGGUGUUACGAAAAGUGUAAUACAAACUUGUAUUUUCAUGAUCUGUGUCAUUAGGUAAAGACAGUGGAAUAUCGGGCUGCUUCUCUUAGUUAAAACUUUACGAGGAAAAUAAUAAACCCAGUGCUUAACACA